AUGGCAUUAUUGGGGGACGAUGGACGCGGCUACGAGUUGGCUCGGAAGCUUGAAGGCCACGGCGUCUGGCGGUCGUGGCUGGGGGAUUCGCUCUACUCAACCUUCAUCCACUUUCUCUCUUCGCAGUCAUCGUGGGAUGCCUUCAUGCGAGCUGACGACUCCAAGACCAAGACCCAGAUCCAGCUUCAGCUCCGUGCCCGCGCACUCCUCUUCGACAAGGCAUCCGCCUCUCUUUUCAUCUGUCCUAGUAAUCAGUCCUCAUUGUCCGCCCCUAUCUCAAAGCUCAACCCUAAUUAUUUGGAGUUGCAUGGUGAUGACGUGUAUUUCACUUUAGAAAAUGGCACACAAGAUGCGGAUCAACACCAACCAACGGCUAUUUCAAAUACAACAUUAUUGAAGGCUCAAUCCAAAGCAGGUCUUGGUGCUGGAUCAAGAUUUAGUGAGUUAGAAGUUGAUGCUGUGCCCCAAAGGUUUAAGCUUGAAGAGUUGCCAGAAACAUGGUAUGGUCAGUUCUAUAAGAAAUACAGAGCAAGUAAAUCAUAUAAGUUAUUGUUUGGGGAUCGAGAGUCUGAAAAACGGACGCCUGAGCAGAUGCGUACAUAUCUUAAAGUUCUUGAGAAUCACAAGAGGAGGAGAAUAGCUUUUAAGGAAGAUAAGAACUUGAGUUUUGCAAAUCCCAUGUCGGAAAAUGUAUCAAAUCUGCGAUCAAACUCAGUUGUAGAUAUCAGUAGUGCUGUCGAUGAAAUGCCAUUUUUCCCGGAAACAAUGUUUACUUUAAAUUGUGUCCCAGAUAGUGCAGUCUUGCAAACAACUGUACUGGAGAACAAUCAGAAAGUGGAGUUCAAUGGGGUUCUGGAUAACUUACCCCAGAUGAUGACCAAGAGCCCUGUUAUCAGCCCUAUUAUGAUAGAGAGGCUUGGUAUCCGUCCAGAAUACCUAAACAUAGAACAGGGAGGAAGUCAAAGUCGUGGAAAGCAUGGAUAUCAAGGGAGCAGAAAACUUCUUGGUCAAGAACAAGCAUCACAGAUGUCGCAACAGGUGGUAGCACGGUUACUAACGAGUGUGGGAUUUGACGCUUCUUCAGAAGUUCCUUUGGAAGUUUUGGCACAAUUUUUGAGUUGUCACAUCGGUAAAUUAGGUCGUGCUUUAAAACUCCUAGCUGACAGUUACAGAAAACAGUGUUCAGCAUUGGAGUUACUGAAGAUGUUCCUUAAAACAGCUGGAUAUAGUAACCUUGGGACUUUAUCUGAGCUUGUAAAGGAUAAUACGAGGAGUAUUAUUCAACAAAGUCAUGCCCAAGUACCAGGAAUGCAGUCACAGUUGCAACCACAGCAUCAAGCUCCCAUUCAGCAGUCUCAGCAAAUUCCAAGACAAAUGAAUGCACAGAUGCAGCAAAUGAAUAAUACCCAGUAUCUAGCUUUUCAACAACAGCAGCAGUGGGAGAGGUUGAGAAGACAACAACAGUUGACAGCUCGUCCUUCCAUAAAUUCGAAUAUGAAUAUAGAAAAUGACAGACCUAUGGUCCAAGUGAAGAUGGAGAAUCCUUCUGAUUUUCCAUUGGAUAAUAAUGCCUUCACAGCAAUGAAUGCCAGAAACCCCCAGGUGCAUCAGUUGAGGCAGCAACAACUUGCUGCAAUAUCUACUCUCCGUGCUCAAGCCAACAAUGCGUUUAGGCCUAUGAAUUCUCUUCAAAUUCCACAAAUCCAGUCCCCGAACACUGGAAUGGUUAGGGCUCAACCUGUGAAGGUUGAAGGCUUUCAGGAAUUGAUGAGUGGAGAUGCUUCCAUGAAGCACGAUUCGGAAGAAAAUAAGUUAAUUUCUCCUCCAAAGUAA